CAGGCCAGAAGAAGAAGAAGAAGAAGAAGCGCUUUUGGAUGCAUGUUGCUGCUUGUCUAGAGGCGCGUGGGAAACUUGAGCAUAUUAUGAUCUAGAAGCACAGAGAAUAACCGUAAACUCUUCAUUCAGCAGUUAUCAUAAGACUUGAACAAAAUGUCUGAUUCAGACUCGGAUAUGGAUUGGACCCAUUACAAAAACAUGAAAUAUCCGAAAAAAAGGGCGAUAUCCACGCGUCAGGUUUCAGAGAAGGAUUUAAGACUAUGGGACUCCAUUCCUGUGAAAGCCAAGAAAGAUUGCUCACAGCGGAUGAAAGUUUGUGUCUUCUGGUUUCCCCUCCUGCUGCAGCCGGAUCAUUCAGAAACCUACGACUGGGCAGUGGAAGUUGGUCUAAUCAACUCGAUGAACAGCGAGAAUCUCGACUUGGAUAACCUCCGCAAAAUCCAAGUAGUUGAAUCAAUCCUUUUAAGCCUGGAAAGGGGAAUCUUGGAGAAGGAUUCUUGCAGAUAUAUUUUCGGCUUAUGCAGCAUGUUGAAUCUGAGCUGCUCUCCUGAGAUCCUGGACAAAAUGAUCCGCUGGUUGGAGUUGAUGGGGGAUCAGUUCAAGCUGGUCCACCUGCGGUGCCUCGGAGGCUUUCCGAACUGCUGCGGCACCCUCGGCUUUAUCUUCUCAGAGUAUUCCAAGUUUGUUAAGGAAAUGAGUAACAACUUUGACAUCACAAUGAAUGCCCUGAUGGCUCCACCGGAUGAAUAUUCUGCAGAGCAAAGUGAAGCAAUGAAGAAGGUUGGAAAUCUAAAGUUUCAGGAGCAGCAGUAUAAAGAAGCUUUAAAGUUUUAUACAAGGGCUAUUAAGUUUUAUCCCGACAACCACAUACUUUAUGGAAACAGAGCCCUGUGCUACAUCAAGCAGAAGGAAUAUCUAAAAGCUGCAGGUGAUGGGAAACGAGCCAUUGUCAUCGAUCCACACUGGGCAAAGGGUCACUACCGAUACUGCGAGGCCUUGUUCUCCAUGGGACAGACAGAGUUAGCCCUUGAAGCCCACAGUAUUGCUAAGAAGCUGUGUAAAGGCAACCCAGAGGGACUCAGAGACCUGGAACAACAAUACCUAAAGUUUACAACGGAGUCUUUACCCGCUGAAGUGCCGCAGGCUCCUCAAACCUUUAGAGUCGGGCUGGUCAAGAAGAUCCAACAGCCGACAAAAACGGGCGGUAAAAGUCAUCCGGCAAGAAGCACAGCUGCUAAGGUCAUCGAGACGAAACUGGACAGAAAGACAGGCGUUUCGGAAGCAGAGGGAAGAUUGAAAGACUCUCCAUCAAAAAGUCAGAGAGAAGAGCUCAACAGCUCUGCAACGAACAAGUCAAAGAACAGAAGUGACCAGACGCAGAAAGCAAAGCAGAAGAUGCCUGACAACAAAGCAGAUUUGUGCAAAGAGUUGAGAUUUCUGGUGCAGGAGGCUCAAGCCGCCCUGUCCGACCUCCGCAGCCGCAACGCAGAGCAGGCCUUCAGCCAGGCCCUGGGCCUUCUGGAGGCUGCAACACCCAAGAAACUUGGACUUUCUACAUUGGAUCUGCUGUUAUUACUGUUUGGACGAGCGUCGGCGUUGACAGAAAUUGGACAGCCUGACGAGCUGGCAGAAGCGGAGAAACUCCUCGAGAGGAUGAGAUCGUUUGAGGAGCGGACGUUUCAGUGUCUGGUCUACUACGGCUUCGGCAGGGUGUUCCUCAGAGAAAACCGGUUUAAAGUCGCCAUGCAGCGGUUUUCAGAUUCCCUGCAGAUGGUGAAGAAUCGAAUAACGCCGGGGAAGCUGACCUGGCCGUUAACCAAAGAGAUUGUUAAAGAAACGCAGCUGGACGCCUUCAAGGAGAUGCUUGAGAAGGCUAUAGAGCUGUGCAAAUUUCCUCCUCCCCCUGACGCCGUUUGUCGUCUAGAAAAAUGUCUUUGCCCUCUAAAAGCUGAGAUCUACUUCACCGACCCGGAUUUUAAGGGCUACAUUCAGAUAUGCUGCUGUCAGAGCUGCAGGGUUGAGUUUCACAUCAACUGCUGGAAGAGCCUGAAGUCAACAAAGUUCUGUGAGAAGAACGAAAAGGAUAUCCUUAAUGAGGCGUGUUUGACUCCUGACUGUAUGGGUAAAAUCUGCAGUAUAAGAAUCGUUUGUCCCACAGGUUUGGUGAAAUGUAAGUUUGAAACGACAAUAACUAAACCAGAGAUGCCAAAGAAACCCAAGAUGAACCAGAAAGCCACAAGUGUAAAGAAGUUAAAGUCAAAGGAGGAUCAGAAGCAGAAGAGGAAAACCUACAAACAGACAUUUAAGGAUAAUCAGACCAACGGCGACGAUAUUAUGCAGAAGAAAGACAACCCAGGAGCACAGAGUCAACAAAAAGCCUGGUUGGUGUACAGAGAUCGAGUCCUGCUGCAGAUCAACCAGAACCUGGACCUUCUGAGGGAGGAGCAGGGCCUCCAGGUUUCUGCGCUGACCCACAGCCUGCAGCCCUGGUUGGAGCUGGACUGGUCGCGGGGGAACCUCAUCGCCGGCAGGCUGCUGAACUGGCAGCAGGAGCCGCUGGAGACUUUGGGCCAAGCUGUGGAGCUGCUGCUGGAGAGAAAGAACCGGGUCUGGGCGCGAGUUUUUAUUCAGCAACUAAGCAGUUGUGUGGGUAUAAACUCGAAGCUGAGCAAUUGGGCGUGUCAGCUCGACACUGCAGGUCUGAACGCGGCCCGGUCCUUCAUCGACCGGCACUCGGAACACCUGGAGCAGCUGGAUCUGGCUAUUCUGCUAAACUUUGACCCGUUAAAGGAAAUGAUUUUAGAAAAACUCGACACUAAACCGGAAUUUUUUUCAAGCCUGGGCUUGACUGUGACUGAGUAUUUAAAACAGGCUUCAGCCCAUGAUAUGAGGCUAUUUAUCUGGACUCUGGAGGAGCAUAGAGAGGACUAUGUUUCAUGUCACACUAUACUGGAUGAAUAUUUUGAUAUGAUGGAUGGACAUUGUUCUGUCUUAAAAAAGUCUGAAAAUGAACAUAAUUCACCUUCGAAGGCUAAGAAUCGAGGCAGGAAAAAGAAACGAAAGGGUGUUUCUGGUUUGUCUGGGAUGAGGCCGGUAACGCCGAGAGACGAGUGGGAUCAAGACUUUUUUGAAGACGACUCUUUAUCUUUUCUUCACCCUGGUGACCCGUUCAGUGUUCCCAGUCACCUCCGAGACCAGGUGGCGGAUUUUGAGGACCGAUACCACUACGGCAGAAGCAGAACUCCCUAUAGAAAGAUUUUAGAGAACCCUGAUCCCACUAAAGAAAGUUUGUAUGACUAUUUUGCUCAGAUCCUGGAGGAGCACGGCCCGCUGGCGGACGGGGACCGCCUGCUGGUGGGAGAGCUGGAAAACUUUCCCGCCGAGGCAAGAAGGAAGAUGGCGGAGGCGGGCGGUCUGGAGGCCUUCCUGCUGGAGUCGUGCCGCUUCAUCAAGCUGGGCAUGUGCAUCGGGCUGGCGCAGCACGCCGGCUCCCUGCAGCAGGCCGGACACGGAGCGAGCCUGGACGACCUGGAUGAAAUAGUCGAUACUCACUCUAAUAUGACAACACCUGACCUGUAUACGGCUGAAGAUUUCACAGACUGCCUGGACCGCUCCUCCCCGAUAUGCUCUGGAUCACUUCCUGUUCUCCCAAAUCCGUAUUUGUGCUCAGAAGGAGACGCCGUGUCCCAAUGGUAUGUUUCGAACUUUGACUUAUCGGCCCACUAUUUACCCAACGGUCACACGGAGCCAGAUCUGGACGCUCUGGACGAUAUUUAUGGGAAUUCGGAAACUAAUUCAGCAUCGCAUGGAAAUAUGUUACAUACUGAUGGAAAUUGCGGCAGUCGACACGCUGCAGUACAGACGCGUCGUGAGGCCACGAGUAGCGUUGCGGUGAACACCGAGCUUGAUGAACGUUUCGAGAGAUGCCAGGGUGACAUCAUCAAGCAGGAGAAGAGCAACAGGAAGCUGGAGCAGAAAAUAGCUAAAACUAAAACACGGGACAAACUCGAUCCAAAUCUCGGUGAAGUGAUAAUUUUAAUGGAAAAGGAAAUAAACGAGAUCACCACAAAUAUCCAGGUGACCAAUAAGGAGCUGGCGAUGUUCCAGCAGAAGCUGGAGGAGGAGGUGAAGAAGGACCAGAAGGAGAAGAAAGCCAACCAGGAGGAGCUGAAGUCCCUAAAGACUGAGAUGGAGCAGCUGGUGGAGGAACAGGGGAGCCUCUCCAGGACCAUCAGAGAGAGAAAGGCCAGCUACGCGGCCAAGUUCAACAAAUUAUUGGAAGGACUUACUGAAACCCCGACCUAUAAAUUCUCACCUAAUGCCUCCGAUUUCCUCAGUAAUCAGUCAGCGGCUGAGAAAAUGAGUUUGGAGGAUGAGAUCAGCCGAUCCAAGGCUCUGCUGGCCUCUGCUUCCAGGAGGUCUCACAAUGCUCAGCUGUCGGUGGUUGAAACCAGCAGAGAUCAGGGUUUGUACGGCCUCUACAGAGAGCUGGCCGAGACCAAGGCUUUGCUGAGCAAACUGGACGAGGCAGCGUACAGAACCCCAUGUGCGGAGCUGGAAGUGAAGAGGAACAACUGCAGGGCUAGGGUCGACGAAGUGGAGAAGAACAUAUCCAGUGCUGAGAGACGCUUCCAGGAGCAGCUGGACCAAGUGAAGGACAGACGGGUCUCUGAGCAGCGUCCGGUCGAUGGUGGUGCCGAGCCUGCAGCUGCAUCGCUUCCUGCAGCAGCCAAAGAUCUCCUCCCUCAGGCGUCGGCUCCGGCCGCCCGCAGCGACUCUCCUCCUCCUCCUGCAGCCGCGUCGCCGCUUCCCAAGCAGCACAAACCCGCCGCCCGGAGGCUGGAGCCGCAACACGUCACCGUGUUCGAGAAGGCCGUGGAGAGCCUAGCCGCCAUGUUUCCGGACUAUUCCAGGCACGAUCUGGUGAGGUUCAUUCAGGAGUUUCGUACAUCCAGAGCGGGAAGCCUGUACAACGUGUCGCUGCAGGACGUGGUGAGCGGAGUAGCGCAGCUCAUCCUCGACCAUCAGGAAAGACUGAACUCUGCCAGAGCCAACAUUUUGGGUCGAUCCAGUCCAGCCCAAGGUGCCGGCUCUCCUUCGGUGACCCAGAACCUUGUGUGGCAGCGGGUCACAGCCCAGAGAGUCAGCAAUCCCAACGCUCUGAACGUGGAGGACCCGUGCAUCAUCUGCCACGAAGACAUGGGCCCAGAGGACAUUUGCGUGCUCGAGUGCAGACACAGCUUCCACGAUGAGUGUAUCCGGUCGUGGCUGAAGGAGCAGAAUACGUGUCCCACCUGCAGAACCCACGCUCUUCUGUCUGAUGACUUCCCCGCUCUGUCCGGCAGGAGGCGCCAAGCCCCCUGAUGGCCCAAAACUUCACUGCCAACAUUUCUGCUUUUAAUCUUAUUUUUAAAAUUCUUUAAAUUCAAAAAUUGUAUCCGUUAUUUUUAUUUUUUUUCUUCUGCUUUUAGAGACUGUUUAAUAAGUUGAAGAAAUAAACAGCGUUCUGUUGGAACUCA